AUGAAUGUUUCAUCUCAUAAUAAAUUAGAUGAUGUUAUUAUUCGAACAAAAUUCUCAUCAUUACAUGGGACAGCAGAUAAUCGUGGUAUUUUCUAUGCAAUAUUAUAUGCAGGUACUCUUGAUAACAGCACGUUGAAUAAUGAUUCAACUAUUUCUACAGAAAAGGUAAAAUAUACAAAGAAGAAGGAUGAGGUAAAAAUUCUUUUUUUUCUAAAUUCUUAGAUUUAGUUUACAAGGGAACCUCUCCAGGUGUCAAAUCGCUUUUCGCUCAGGACCAUUGCCAUUCAAUAGGUCCUAGUGAGCAGUGAAAAAGUCUAUCUUGGUUUGGGUGCAUGGGCCUCUGAGACUGAGCUAUUGAAUUUUUAGUGAGUUUUUCCUGCAGGACCCCAGUUUUCCAGCAAAUAUAUUUUUUCGAAUUUUGACCUGCAACUUUGCCCACACGAAGACCUCAACUAAACUAGCUUCCAUAAAAAACUUCAGAACUUUUGAACAAAGUGUCUCCGAGAUAUAAAUUUUUCACGAUAUAGGCGCUUUUUCAUAGAGUGUAUAAAACAUGCAUCUUUUGGAAAAUUCAUAUCUCAGAGAGACUUUGUUCAAAAGUUCUGAAAUUUUUUAUGGAAGCUAGUUUAGUUGAGGUCUUCGUGUGGGCAAAGUUUCAGGUCAAAAUUCGAAAAAAUAUAUUUGCUGGAAAACUGGGGUCCUGCAGGAAAAACUCACUACAAAAUUCAAAAGCUCAGUCCCAGAGGCUCAUGCACCCAAACCAAGAUAGACUUUUUCACUGCUCACUAGGACCUAUCGAAUGGC